GUAGGAAUAAGAGAGAAGCGGAGUGUCUCGGGAGGAUUGAGGAGGCAGAAAAUAAGAUGGAGGGGCAUCCCAUCUCAACUAUGGUGUGGGCAGCGGAGCGGGAAAGGAGGAUGGGUGACUGGGACAAGAUGCAGGUGGAGAAACAACAAAGAUGGGUGCAGACCCUGAAGGUAAAAGGAGUGGAAACGAACGAUAAAGUGAGCAAGGAAUCCUUUCAAAAACUCAAGCCAAGACGUGCGCAGCAGCAAAUGAUGGAGUUGAGACACCCGUUUGAUGAUGCAGCCCCCAUAGCCUGUACGGCGGUAGGGAUAUUGAAGUACGCGAACCUGUACUAUGAAGACAUUCUCAGGACCAGAAGACCGAACGAGGAAGUGGACACAGACCUGUCUCAGCAAUCAAAUAUGUGGGAGGACACAUCAGUACAGCUAAGCACAGCAGCGAAGCUAGAUAUGGACAGGCCGGUCACCCUGGAGGAACUCACCCAAACAGUGAAAACUAUGGCGCAAGGCAAGUCCCCAGGAGUUGACGGCCUUACCGUAGAGUUCUACUCCGCGAACUGGGGCGUGUUCGGGCCGCUACUAGUGGAGCUGUACAACGAAGUGUUGGUAGGAGGGAGACUGGGGAAAGGGAUGACUCACAGGGUGAUCACAUUGCUGUUCAAAAAAGGUGACAAGUCUGUGGUAAAAAACUGGCGCCCGAUCUCCCUGUUGAAUGUGUCCUAUAAGAUCCUCGUGAAGUCGCUGACACGCAGACUAUCCAAGCACCUCCCGAAAUUGGUAGAAAAGGACCAGGGGGCAUUUGUGCAAGGGCGGUCUAUAUUUAACAACAUUGUGACUGCUAUAGAAACUCUGGAAAUCGUGCAGUCCGAGGGCUUAGACAUCGCAGUCUUGCUGCUGGACCUGGAAAAAGCGUACGACAAGAUGGAGGUAUUGCUCAACAGAGUUCGGCGCAAUCCAGACAUCAGGGGACUACCACUGCACAAUGGAGAGGAGUGCACGGUAAAAGCGUUGGCGGACGACCUGUUUGCAGUCAUGGGGAAAGUCAUCACGGAAUAUGAAAUCAUCAGAGACCCGAUUGAUCCUAGGAUAGGCAACCUGAAAUUCGGCCUCCACCCAGAGGCAGAGGCUAAAUAUGUCAGGACCAUCAAAGUCUUCACCGACAAGGAGCACCUGACGGAAGACCUGGUAAACAACAAUCACCCAUGGUGCAAAGGCUGCAACCGGUAUGUCAGAUCACCGGAGGAGUGCCUCUGCACUGAGGGGGGGACUGAUAACGACCUUGCAAAGCCAGUUCGAGCAUCCCCACUGGCGGGACAAGGUUCUGCCUCCCUCGGGAAGGGGACGAUCCCCACUCCUGGUCCAUUCCCACCAACGAGAUCGAAUCCAGGAGUCCCCCGAAGCAAAUCUCCAUCACCCCAGGACAAAGGUCAGUCCUCGAACUCAUUCCAAUGGUUGAAUCCUCAUCUCCAGUCUCCACACGAGGGAGGAAGAGGACAACAAGGACAGAGUAGAGGCAAACCACAGUCCCAGGGUCGGGGUAAGAGCCACCCGGAUAAAACCACCCACAAUCCAUCAGUCGCUGGCCCAUCAGCUGUUACACCUGCACAGAUACUCAAGGUACCAAUAGACAACAGCAGAUUGAAAUGGGUACAGAAGGUCCAACAAUGGAAAGAUCCCAACUUCCAGUCUUCCGCCAAAGAUGGUAGUACGUCUAGUUCAGGGAUGAACGCUUCAUCGGGAGACAACAAAAGCCCUAAGGGGCCUCAGGCUCCUGGUAACUCCCCUGCCGCUCCCAAUGCAUGGGGUGGUGGGUCAGGCAGUGUCACCACACCCGGGUCGAAUGUCCCGGGCCUGGACACGGCCAUGGUGAUGGACAUGAACUUCAGAUACGAUACGAUAAAACGUACCAGGCCGCUGGAUUUUGAUGAUAAUCACUCGGAAUCCCCCAGACCUUCUGGGUCUCAGCAGACUGGGCAAAAUAGCCGCAAAGAGUCUAGCGUGGCUAUCCCCCUUAUCUUCAAAUCAACGAACCAAGGUCCAUGUCUCCUUCUGCAAAUAAACGAACAUGGAGGCUACAACAUUGCAUACAGUUCCCUACAAUCUCCACCGGACCCAGUCACAAUGCUGAAACUGGGUAUGGGGCUGGUUCAUAACAGAUUCGCUGUCAGACCUAUCCCGAGCCAGCCCCUACUCAAUUUCAGCAAAGUCGGCGCUUCAGGGAAAAUUUACACUCUGCACGCGUUGUGCCUUAAUGCCACAGCCAUCCCUGACGUGGAUCCAGCGAAGGCUGGAAAAGGCUUCUACUGGGCCCCUCUGAGUUGGUUCAAGGCCAGCAGUGGCGAGAGGAUGAUCCCAGUUUUGGGGGACGACAUCAGAGGGGAACUAAUCACGGAAAUCAACGAAAUGCUUCAGAGCGAGCUUAAGCUCUUUUCUCGCCACUUCGCAGAGUUGAUCAGAACCCCUUGGGACCAGGCAGUCAUCCAGGAUGCCAUUGGAAGAGCUAAAGUAGCAAGUGCAAAAACAGUUCCAGGCGCCAUCCAACCCAAGGCACCGUCCGCUGCUGCGGAUGGCGUAUAGAGUUAAGAUAACGUCAUGGAACGUUCAUGGUUUAAUAGAUGGUAAUGGGAAAUACAAAAGGGCACAACUU